GCAAAGUGAGCCGAGAAAGGUGUGAAACGUCAUCCGCAGGAUUUCAACUUCAACGCAAAGAACCUGCUGGCAGGAAAAAAGUUCCCAAAAAGAGGUCCAAAGGUGGUUCCAGUUCCGGUUUGGAUGAUUCCAGUUGUAUGAAGCAUGGUUCUACCGUGUGACUAUGCAAAAAAGUGUUAACUUUUAGAUUUUAUGGUAAACUUUGAGUGAGAAAUUUGGCCCAGGAAGAAACUCCACUUCAAGGAAGGGAAGGUUUGUUUACAAGUGCUCUCUGGCACGGCACGGCGCUGGGGAAGGACACUAGCGGCAAAUCGAUUUUUGGUGCAGGUUUUCCUUCUGUGUGUGGCAAGCAGUCGACGAGACGCAGAACGAUGAAGUUUGUGCGGAUGUUCCGGGUUUAGGGGGGUCGGCGACCAGCAACGGAACGGCAGCUCUCGAUGACCACCCAUUCGACGGCCAGUCUGCUGCGGAACGGCCUCAACGGGCCAGCCCAUCAUCACAAAACAAGAUUCUUUCUUGUAAUGAUGCGCCUCAACCUGAAGUUUCUGCUGAUAUGUCUCUGCUUCGCCGUGUUCCUGAUCACGUUCACGCUGUGGACCAACUGCGGCGGGGAUCUGCCCUUCGCGCGGGGGCUCGUCCCCAAGUGGAGCAGCCACGCCCGGUACGAGAGUGGCGAGAAUCCGCUGGAACUGACCGAGGAGAUCGACUGCGUCAUAAACCAGGAGUAUACGAUCGGAUGUCGGAGGGAGGGCGACGAGGUUUAUUUGCCGUUUUCGUUCCUCAGCAAGUACUUUGAGGUUUACGGGUCGUUGAACACGGUCGACGGCGCUAAGCGGUUCGACUGGGCGCAUAGCUAUGGGAAGGUUAACGCGCCGAAGGGCGGGUACGAUCCGAAGGGGAUCUUCAUGUACUUUGAGAACUACAACGUGGAGAUGCGCGACCGGGUCAAGUGCAUCAGCGCGAUCGAGGGCGUUCCGAUUUCGACGCAGUGGGAAAGUCAGGGCUAUUUUUACGCCACGCAGAUUGCCCAGUUUGGGCUGUCGCACUAUAGUAAGAAUUUGACGGAGCCGGAGCCGCGGCGGAAGAUUGUCGAGGAUGGCGACAAGGAGAUGGCCGAGUGGAGAGUUCCGAAGAACAGCUCGUUGAGCAGGGCGUUUGUGCGGGAGAAGGAAUCGACGGUGGUGCAUUUUUCCACGGGGAAGCAGUUUGACAGUGCGAUUACGCUGCCGAUGGACCACGUGCUGGAUCUGGUGCUGAGCGUGAACCUGUUGUUGAGGCCGAACUCGAGCUUCACCGUCACGUUGCAAAAUCGCGAAACGCAAAAAUUGUACAACGUGAUUUACAUCCUGGCGGAUCUCAUGAUGAGCGUUCAGGACGACAACAUUUACUAUGGCAUUGGCCAGAACAGCACCUCCAACUGGCGGAGGUUAACUCGGGACUUGUUUGUAGAUCUGCAGAAGGGUCUGCCGCAGUACAUCAACACCGAGAAGCGACGCAAGAUGCGGCGGACGGAGCUGAAAGUGGUGGAAAUCUCCUUCCUCGGCAACGGCAGCUUCGACAACUUAACUCUCGCGACCAGCGAACACAUUAGUCACUUUUACGAUGCCGCCGAGUGGAUGAUCCGUCACCAGGACCAAAGCACCGGCGGUUGGCCAAUCCCAGUACGAAGAAAGCUCGGCCCAGGCUUCGGCGAACUCUCCCGUGGGUGGUACUCUGCGAUGUCCCAAGGGCACGCGAUUUCCCUGCUCGCCCGGGCCUACUUUCACUCCCGGGGGGACAAACGGUACCUGAAGGCGGCCCUGGACGGGCUCAAACUGUUCCGGAUACCGUCUUACCAAGGCGGCGUCCUGGCGACCUUCCUCGGCAAGUACGCCUGGUACGAGGAAUAUCCAACGACGCCGCCGUCGUUCGUGCUCAACGGGUUCAUCUACUCGCUGCUAGGGCUUUACGAUCUGAACUCGACGGCGCCGGCGAACCACUCGAACGAGGCGGCCGCCCUCUUUGAGCAGGGCAUGCUGUCGCUCAAGAAGAUGCUGCUGCUGUUCGACACCGGCUCCGGGACGAGCUACGAUCUGAGGCACUUUACGUUGGGAAUCGCCCCCAAUCUGGCCCGCUGGGACUACCACGCGACGCACGUAAACCAGCUGCUGCUGCUGGCGACGAUCGACCCGGACCCGAUCAUCGCCCAGACGGCGGAACGGUGGAAAAACUACAUGCUCGGUAAGCGAGCCCAGCACAAUUAAUGGGAAGUAGUUUUUUUCCUGUUUUUUCUGUUGUCAAAAUACCAACAACAAAAAAAAAUGCAACACUGGCUCUUCCUCUUCCUCCUAAUGCCUUACACACACAUACACGAGCACACAUACAAACACACAUUCACUUACAAGUGAAAAAUGAGAGAAAAUAAAUAACGAGCAAAGUUAAGCUGA